CAGAAGUUCCUUCUCCUCUGUGUUGUGUUUUCUUUUGCCAACUCAACUUCGAACUCAAAUCAAGCAAUCAAUUUCAAAUCCAAAAAUGGGGAGCUCCACAACCUUCUGUGCCUUCUUCCUCGUGUGUACGAUCUUGUCCGUCCACGUGGCGCAAUCCUCAUCCUCCACCCUCGACCUGGACACCUUUUUCCUCCCUCUCAAAUCCGGCUGCCGCGGAUCCGUCGCCGAGUGCAGCCUCCUCGCCGGCGACGACGACACCGAGUUUCUGAUGGAGUCGGAGAGCAACCGGCGCAUUCUAGCAGGAAGGAGCUACAUAAGCUACGGUGCGCUGAGAAGGAACACUGUCCCUUGCUCCCGACGUGGCGCCUCCUACUACAAUUGCCGCCCUGGCGCUCAGGCCAACCCCUACAGCCGUGGAUGCAGUGCUAUCACCCGAUGCAGGCGUUGAAAAAGUUAUUCUUCUCUUUUAAUUUCAUUUUUUUUUAUAUAUAUAUAUUUUUGUAAUUGAUGAAAAUUGUCAUGCCACUACAUAUAUACAAGUAGAGAAGAGAAAGAAGACAAGUAGAGAUGAAUAAAAUCCAAUUGCCGCCGUUUGUAUCUGUAUCUGUAUUGUAAUUUAAUUUAAUCUUAGGUACACAUAAUAUUAUUAUUAUUAUUAUGAUUUGGUUGUGCCAAAAUUA